AGGCUCUGAUCAAACCGAAUCGAAUCUGCGGAAUCGGUGUGGAAAUGAAUUGACCCAAACCAACGCGUUAAAUUUACACAAUCACGUUUUCUUUCUCUCUCUUCAUCAAUUCUUCUCUCUCUCUCUGCGCGCCAAGAGAGAGAGCAAAAUAUUCGCUGCCUUCUCCGAUCGCCGCCGGCGACCAGCUCCGGCGAAUCAUCAUCUGUUGACAUGAUUUUGCACCUCCCGGAACCCCUAGAACGUUGAUGCGACGAUCGAAUGCUCGAACUCGGGUCGGUUCGAAACCUAACCAAAUGGAUCCGAUGAUGAAGCUCCAAAUGCGCUCCAACAACCUCUUCGCUCGCAACUCUAAGGCCACCGCCACCAACAACGCCGCCAGGUGCUGCCAAUUCUCAAACACCUUCCUCGCUCCACUCUUCUUCUCUCUCCUCCUCUUCCUCUCCUACUACGCCUUCUUCUCCUCCUCUUCCUCCUCCGGGAACGGCUUCAGGUACCGGAUCAUCGUCGACGGCGGCAGCACCGGGACUAGAAUCCACGUCUUCAAGUACGGGGUAGAUGAUAAGGUGUUUGACUUCGGGAAGGAGGGGUUGGCGUCGAUGAGGGUGAACCCGGGUCUUUCCUCGUUCGCGGAGGAUCCGGAUGGGGCGGGUAUGUCCCUUUCGGAGCUGGUGGAGUUCGGGAAGGGUCGGAUCCCGAGGGGGAGUUGGAGGGACACGGAGAUUCGGCUCAUGGCAACGGCUGGGUUGAGGAUGCUGGAUGCGGAGGUGCAGGAGAAGAUUCUAGAAUCGUGUAGGAGAGUUCUGCGUUCCUCUGGGUUCAAAUUUAGGGACGAGUGGGCUUCUGUCAUCACAGGUUCUGAUGAAGGAGUGUAUGCCUGGGUUGUUGCUAAUUAUGCACUUGGCACUCUUGGAGGUGAUCCUUUGGAUACAACUGGGAUUAUUGAACUUGGCGGUGCUUCUGCUCAGGUGACCUUCAUAUCAAGAGAAUCGGUGCUUCCUUUGUUCUCACGUGCUGUUAAAUUUGGGAAUACCACUUACAACCUUUACAGCCACAGCUUUCUUCAUUUUGGCCAGAAUGCUGCUCAUGACUCAUGGAAAGAAGCACUUAUAUCAGGAGAUUUGAACUUAGCUUCUCAAUCGCUUCAGGAGGGUUUGCGCAUAGAUCCUUGUACUCCUACAGGGUACUCUCAUAAUGUUGAGUCGUUGAAAUUCUCUCUUAGCUCACUGAAUGAAAAAAGCCAAUAUCAGUUCACUGUCCAAACAAAGGGAAACUUUUCAGAGUGCAGAUCUGCAGCAUUGAUGCUGCUACAAAAUGGGAAAGAAUCAUGUUCUAAUCAGCAUUGUGACAUAGGAUCAACUUUCAUACCUAAGCUUCAGGGGAAAUUCUUGGCUACAGAAAACUUCUUUUACACAUCAAAGUUUUUUAGAUUGGAGCCAAGGGCUUAUCUGUCAAAUUUGAUGACUGCUGGGCAAGAAUUCUGUGGUGAGGAUUGGUUAAGGCUGAAGAAAAAAUACCCCUCCCAUGAAGAGGAAGAUCUACUUCGGUAUUGCUUCUCUUCAGCAUACAUUGUUGCUCUGCUUCAUGACAGUCUUGGAAUUGCUUUGGAUGAUGAAAGGGUCAAGGUUGCUAAUCAGGUGGGAAGUAUUCCGCUUGAUUGGGCUUUGGGAGCUUUUAUACUGCAAACCACAUCUGAUGCAGAUAUACAGAUGCAUGACUGGAUUGCUGCCUUUUUCAGUGUUGAAUCGCCUACUCUUCUCUCGCUCAUUGUAAUUUUUUUAGUAUUGUUGUUUACAGCAUGGUCUAUAUCUAGGUGGAGGAAACCUCAGUUGAAGACAAUUUAUGAUCUAGAAAAAGGACGAUAUAUAAUCACGCGAGUUGGUAGAUAAUUCUUGAUAGUAGACCAGAUCCAGAUUCUUGGUAUGUAUACGUGGAGGCAUUGUUGUGAUUAUGACGAAAAUAUUUAUACUUCCUCACUUGAUGGCCACGUCAUAUUAUGAAGGCCAUGCUAGUGGGGCUGAGAUUGUACAUCAUUGGAUUUGGAUGCAGCAUGCGGAGUUAUUCUUGCUGAGAAACUAGUUUAGAGUGGUGCGUUUCAUUUUGUGUUUUAUUGGAAUCCAGGAACAGAGUGCAUGCCGCUCCCUUUACUGGUUACUGAUAACAGUAGGGCAAGAAGUGGAGCAGGUCAGAUUAGGGAAUUGUCAUGGGGGAACUGGAUGCUGCAUCCUUCAACAGAAAAUACCUUAUCGUGUGGUAUUUGUACCAAACUCGGUAUAAAAAAUUACUGAAUUGAUAUGUUUCCAAUUGCCAUUCGUUUCUUCAUUCCCUGCCUGGAUAGCUAUUCUUGCAGAAUCUGAUUACGGAGACUUUGGAAUUCACUUAUUUAGAGGCUAAAUAUAAAUUGAGGUCAGUUGAAGCCAACCUUUAAUGUGAUUAUCCUAGGCAUAGAUUAAAUUACAAGUGCAGCAUGCGUUUAUUGGACU